CGCAGCUGUGGUGUGGUUUGGGUUUGGGUCUAAAGAACGGGUUAUCUGGGACUUCAUUUCAUUUGGGUCACUUGAGGCUGAACCGAUGCCCAGGAGAGAGGCCAACGCGUCAUCGCUUACCCGUUACCUUUUCUCUACAGCCUUCCUCAGCCACCAGGGCAGGCGCCUGCUCCUGGUUACCGUGGCAACCGUGAGGAGCCCUAGCCAGUUCCGCUGCUGCACUGACUUCUGCAGCCCUAGCUGAGAUGCAGCGCUGAGAACCGACAGACGGUGACAGACCCCUAAUUCUUCAUUCCUUCCUCGCUGCUCUGGACCCCGAGAGAACGAGGGAAGCCAUAAGGAUGAAAGAAGGGUGCCUCGGGGCCUCCGGAUGAGAACCUUUGCUGGGAUUCUAGCUGGAAGGUGGAGCCGCCACACUUAGGAUGCACGCAGCCACAACAGCAGCACCUGUGUCCUGAGGACCAGCCAAUCUGGGCAGGCAAGCUCUCACCGGCGAGGCAGAUGCGGAUGUGAAGCCCCAGUCUGUCGACUUUCUCAAGUCUUCUGUCACAGCGAAGGAAGGCUAACGCCAUGGCAGGAUUAAGGUGACAGUGCCGAGUGGAUCAGCAGCCAUUCCACUGCCCCUCGGGGGUUGUGCCAAGAGCAGGGGAGCAUGGAGGAGAGGAAGCAGGAGACAACGAACCAAGCUCAUGUCCUCUUUGACCGGUUUGUCCAGGCCACGACCUGCAAGGGAACUCUCAGGGCCUUCCAGGAGCUCUGUGACCACCUGGAACUGAAGCCCAAAGACUACCGCUCCUUCUACCCCAAGCUCAAGUCCAAGCUCAACUACUGGAAGGCCAAAGCCCUCUGGGCCAAACUGGACAAGCGGGGCAGUCACAAAGACUACAAGAAGGGAAAAGCGUGCACCAACACAAAGUGUCUCAUCAUUGGAGCUGGCCCCUGUGGUCUCCGCACAGCCAUCGACUUGUCCUUGUUGGGAGCCAAGGUAGUUGUUAUUGAGAAGCGAGAUGCCUUCUCCAGGAACAAUGUCUUGCAUCUCUGGCCCUUCACCAUACACGAUCUUCGAGGGCUGGGUGCCAAGAAAUUCUACGGCAAGUUCUGUGCUGGAGCCAUCGACCAUAUCAGUAUCCGUCAGCUCCAGCUAAUCCUCUUGAAAGUAGCUUUGAUCUUAGGCAUUGAAAUCCAUGUGAAUGUGGAAUUCCAAGGACUUGUUCAGCCUCCCGAGGACCAAGAGAAUGAACGGAUAGGAUGGAGAGCAUUGGUGCACCCCAAAACUCAUCCUGUAUCAGAAUACGAAUUUGAAGUGAUCAUUGGUGGGGAUGGGCGGAGGAACACCCUGGAAGGAUUUCGUCGGAAAGAAUUUCGUGGCAAGCUAGCCAUUGCCAUUACGGCAAAUUUCAUUAACCGAAACACAACCGCAGAGGCCAAAGUAGAGGAGAUCAGUGGUGUGGCUUUUAUAUUCAACCAAAAAUUUUUCCAGGAGCUGAGAGAAGCCACAGGUAUUGACUUAGAGAACAUCGUCUACUACAAAGAUGACACACACUACUUUGUCAUGACGGCCAAAAAGCAGAGUUUGCUGGACAAAGGGGUGAUACUGCAUGACUACACAGACACGGAGCUGUUGCUUUCCCGGGAGAAUGUGGACCAGGAGGCCCUGCUGAACUAUGCCCGGGAGGCUGCAGACUUCUCUACCCAGCAGCAACUGCCUUCUCUGGAUUUUGCCAUCAAUCACUACGGGCAGCCUGAUGUGGCCAUGUUUGACUUUACCUGUAUGUACGCCUCUGAAAAUGCAGCCUUGGUACGGGAACAAAAUGGACACCAGUUACUAGUAGCUCUGGUUGGGGACAGCCUCCUGGAGCCUUUCUGGCCAAUGGGAACAGGAAUAGCCCGGGGCUUUCUGGCUGCUAUGGACUCUGCCUGGAUGGUACGAAGCUGGUCUCUGGGCACCAGCCCCUUGGAAGUCCUGGCAGAGAGGGAAAGCAUUUAUAGGUUGUUGCCUCAGACCACCCCUGAGAACGUGAGCAAAAACUUCAGCCAAUAUAGCAUCGACCCUGUCACUAGGUAUCCCAAUAUUAACAUCAACUUCCUCCGGCCAAGCCAGGUACGCCAUUUAUAUGAUAGUGGAGAAACAAAAGAUAUUCAUCUGGAAAUGGAGAACCUGGUGAAUUCCCGAACCACUCCCAAGCUGACUCGGAAUGAGUCUGUGGCUCGUUCAAGCAAACUGCUGGGGUGGUGCCAAAGGCAGACAGAUGGCUAUGCAGGGGUCAAUGUGACAGAUCUCACCACGUCUUGGAAAAGCGGCCUGGCCCUGUGUGCAAUCAUCCACAGAUACCGCCCUGAUCUGAUAGACUUUGAUUCUUUGGAUGAGCAGAAUGUGGAGAAGAAUAACCAGCUGGCCUUUGACAUUGCUGAGAAGGAGCUGGGCAUCUCUCCCAUCAUGACAGGCAAGGAGAUGGCUUCAGUGGCGGAGCCCGACAAGCUCUCCAUGGUGAUGUACCUCACGCAGUUCUAUGAGAUGUUCAAGGACUCACUCUCCUCCAGCGACACCUUGGACCUGAAUGCAGAGGAGAAAGCCGUCCUGAUAGCCAGCACCAAAUCCCCCAUCUCCUUCCUGAGCAAGCUUGGACAGACCAUCUCUCGGAAGCGUUCUCCCAAGGAUAAAAAGGAAAAGGAUUCGGAUGGGGCUGGAAAGAGGAGAAAAACCAGUCAAUCAGAGGAGGAGGAGCCUCCCCGGAGCUACCGAGGAGAGAGGCCCACCCUGGUGAGCACCCUGACGGACAGGCGAAUGGAUGCUGCCAUUGGGAACCAGAACAAAGUAAAGUAUAUGGCAACCCAGCUGCUGGCGAAGUUCGAAGAGAAUGCGCCUGCACAGUCCACUGGUGUAAGGAGACAGGGCUCCAUCAAGAAAGAGUUCCCACAGAACUUGGGGGGCAGCGACACGUGCUACUUCUGCCAAAAGCGGGUCUACGUGAUGGAGAGGCUGAGCGCCGAGGGCAAGUUCUUCCACCGAAGCUGCUUCAAAUGCGAGUACUGCGCCACCACGCUGCGCCUCUCUGCGUACGCCUAUGACAUAGAGGACGGCAAAUUCUACUGUAAGCCGCACUACUGUUACCGGCUAUCUGGCUAUGCGCAAAGGAAGAGGCCAGCAGUGGCUCCUCUGUCUGGAAAGGACGCCAAAGAACCCCUGCAGGAUGCCCCCGCUGCAGAUGCAAAUGGACUGGCCAGCGUGGCCGCCAGCGCAGCUGAGAGAACUCCAGGUUCCAGCAUGAAUGGCCUGGAGGAGCCCAGCAUCGCCAAGAGGCUGAGAGGCACCCCUGAGAGGAUCGAGCUGGAGAACUACCGCCCAUCUGUGAGGCAGGUAGAGGAGCUGGAGGAGGUGCCCGAGGAGACACAGGCCGAGCAUAACCUGAGCAGCGUACUAGACAAGGGCACCGAAGAGGAUGCAGUCAGCAGCAGUUCCGAGUCGGAGAUGGAGGAGGAGGAAGAGGAGGAGGAUGAGGACGAUCAGCUCCCCACCUCUGAUCUGGGCGGGGUUCCCUGGAAGGAGGCAGUAAGGAUUCAUGCCCUUCUGAAGGGAAGAAGUGAGGAGGAGCUAGAGGCCUCCAAGAACUUCGAGCCUGAGGAAGAGGAGGAAGAAGAGGAGGAGUAUGAAGAGGAAGAGGAGGAGGAAGAAUAUGACGAAGAGGAAGAGGAGGAGUCCAGUGAAGAAGGGGAGUAUUGCCCCUGGGACAGAGAACUCCUGCAAGGCCAGUGGCUCCAGCACCUCUCAAAAGAAGAAGAAACGGGUACAAGUGAAGCCGGGAACAACAGGCUGCAGCAGGUCAUAACCGCAGCGGAUCCCUUGGCGAUCCAGGCUGAUGUGCACUGGACACACAUCCGUGAGAGAGAGGCGGAGGAGAGGAUGCUCCCAACCUCUGAGUCCUCCACUUCUAGAGUGACCGGCCUUCCCUCCGUACGCCGUGCAGCAGUACAGGCCUGGCUGGAGACGGUCUCCGGAGCCCCUCUGGAUGAGAAUGACCUAGAAGAGGACGCGGACUCUGAGCCCGCCGAGACGGAAGGGGAAGCUGCAGAGGAUGGAGACCCUGGAGACACUGGUGCUGAACUGGAUGAUCAGCACUGGUCUGAUGACAUCCCUUCCGACGCCGAAACAGAACUCCGCUUACAGCGUCAAGCCAAGGUGAAAGCCGAGCUGGAGCUGAGAGUGUCAGAGACCGAGGAGGAGAAGCCGCCUGCUACACCAAAGCCAGAGGAGAGAGGUCCUUCCCAAGUCUCCAGCCCCAGCCAGUCACCUCAGAAACAAGAUGUUCUGUUCUCCCCAGCCCACAGCCCUGGGCCAGAGGGGGCCCAGGCCCCUCUUGUCCCUGUCGCCACCAAGACAAAGUCCCCCGAGGAGCCUCUCCUCCCUGUGCCUCUGCUCCCCAGAGAAAAGCCCAAAGCUGAUGCCCCCACAGAUCAGAAGACCGCACACUCGCCCAUCCGAUCACAGCCUGUGGCCCUGCCGGAAGCCAGGACGCCUACCUCACCCAGCAGCUUACAGCCAGAGUCUCUGCCGGCCCCUCCCGCGCCUCCCUCCGCCCAGCUCCCCAUCUGUGCCCAACCUCAGCCUUCCUCGGAUGCCUCCAUACCGUCUCCCACCGAGUCCCCCAUACGCUUCCAGCCGGUGCCAGCCAAAACAUCCACACCCCUGACCCCACUCCCUGUGAAGAGCCAAGGAGACCCCAAAGACAGACUAAGUGGCCCUCUGGCUGUGGAGGAGGCCCUGAAGCGGAGUGAUCUGGUGGAGGAGUUCUGGAUGAAGAGCGCCGAGAUCCGCCGCAGCCUGGGCCUCACCCCUGUGGACCGGAGCAAGGGGUCAGAGCCCAGCCUCCCCUCCCCUGCCUUUAAGCCAAUAUCCCUAAAGUCCUACUCAGUUGACAAGUCCCCUCAGGAAGAGGGUCUCUGCCUUCUGAAACCUCCACCUGUUCCUAAAAGGUUGGGCCUGCCAAAGUCAGCUGGUGACCAGCCCCCACUGCUGACCCCAAAGUCGCCCUCUGACAGGGAGCUGAGGAGCAACCAGGAGGAGCGUAGGGACCUCUCCAGCAGCUCAGGCCUGGGCCUCCAUGGCAGCUCCUCCAACAUGAAGACCUUGGGCAGCCAGAGCUUCAACACCUCGGACUCCACCAUGCUCACUCCGCCUUCUAGCCCACCCCCACCCCCACCUCCCAACGAGGAGCCGGCAACCCUUCGAAGGAAACCCCACCAGACUUUUGAGCACAGGGAGGCCUCGAUUAUCCCCCCUCCCCCUCCUGCCCCAUUCAUGCGGCCCCCAAGGGAGCCAACGCAGCCCCCGAGAGAGGAGGUUCGGAAGUCCUUUGUGGAGAGCGUGGAUGAGAUCCCCUUUGCUGAUGAUGUGGAGGACACCUACGAUGAUAAGACUGAGGACUCGAGUCUGCAGGAGAAGUUCUUCACACCCCCUUCCUGCUGGUCCCGGUCAGAGAAGCUCCUGGCCAAGGAGAAUGGGCGGCUCCCUCCCCUGGAUCGCGAUGUGCAGCCACAGAAGAGGGGACUGCCUCUGGUCUCCGCAGAAGCCAAGGAGCUGGCUGAGGAGCGCAUGCGAGCCCGGGAGAAGUCUGUGAAGAGCCAAGCACUUCGAGAUGCCAUGGCCAAACAGCUGAGCAGGAUGCAGGCCAUGGAGAUGGCAGCCUCCAGGUCCCGCACGGCGCCAUCCCAGGGCAAGGAACUGGAGUCCACCAAGCGCUCAGGCCUCCGAGCCUCCCAGGAGCCCACUCUGAAGCAUGAAGCUACUAGUGAGGAGAUCCUCUCCCCUCCGUCAGACUCAGGAGGCCCUGACGGCUCUGUCACCUCGUCUGAGGGCUCCAGCGGAAAGAGCAAAAAGAGGUCAUCCCUCUUCUCCCCGCGCAGGAACAAGAAAGAGAAGAAAUCCAAGGGAGAAGGCCGACCCCCAGAGAAACCCAGCCCGGGCCUCCCAGAGGAAGGGGCUGCUAAGCCCAAGUCCCUGUGGAAGUCAGUCUUUUCCGGAUACAAGAAGGACAAGAAGAAGAAGAGUGAUGAGAAGUCCUGCUCCAGUACCCCGUCCAGCGGUGCCACAGUGGACUCGGGCCAGCGCAGGGCAUCUCCGAUCGUGAGGACAGAGCUGCAGCUCCGGCGCCAGCUGAGUUUCUCAGAGGACUCAGACCUGUCCAGUGAUGACAUCCUUGAAAGGUCUUCCCAGAAGUCCAAGCGAGAGUCGAUUUAUGUACCACACGCCUUGGCAUUCAGGAGAGCCUACUCAUCAAAGCCCAGAACCUACACAGAGGAGGAGCUGAGUGCCAAGCUGACCCGGCGUGUGCAGAAGGCAGCCCGGAGGCAGGCCAAGCAGGAGGAGCUGAAGCGAUUGCACCGAGCCCAGAUCAUCCAGCGGCAACUGGAGCAGGUGGAGGAGAAGCAGAGGCAGCUGGAGGAGAGGGGCGUCGCCGUGGAGAAGGCUCUUCGAGGAGAAGCAGUUGAGCCCAGUGGCGGGACUCCACGGCGUAGACCUCUCUCCUUCUGCCCUUGCUGUGUCCAGGAAGGCAUGGGCAAAAAGGAUGACCCCAAGCUGAUGCAGGAGUGGUUCAAGCUGGUGCAGGAGAAAAACGCCAUGGUGCGCUACGAGUCGGAGCUGAUGAUUUUUGCCCGGGAGCUGGAGCUGGAAGACCGCCAGAGCCGGCUGCAGCAGGAGUUGCGGGAGCGUAUGGCCGUGGAAGAUCACCUGAAGACCGAGGAGGAGCUGUCCGAGGAGAAGAAGAUCCUGAACGAGAUGCUGGAGGUGGUGGAGCAGAGAGACUCGCUGGUGGUCCUGCUCGAAGAGCAGCGGUUACGGGAGAAAGAGGAGGACAAGGACCUGGAGGCCGCCAUGCUGUGCAAGGGCUUCAGCCUGGACUGGUCCUGAGCCUGGCUACCGUGUUCGUUGAUUGGCACCCACCUGACCCGGCUGCGUUCUCCCAAACCACCGGAUCCAGGUUCAGAAGAGGCCUGGCAUCCCUGGAAGGCCGCACACAGACACCUGUGCUGUGUGUGGGGAAACCCCAGGUGAGGGUCAUCAUCCGAGGUGACUCCAUCACCUGGGAAAGGCCACGCCCGGACUUCCCAUUCAGGAGGGAGGAGAUGGGUGUGUUUGAGGUGUGCCCCGCGGGAAACUCCUGCGGGUCCCUGAGGGCUUGCCGCCUGGCACCUCUCCCUUCCUUCUGCUGGUAAGAGAGGGAAGUGGCUCCUCUUCAGAACCACAGCCACCACAGAGCACCUGAAGAGCAGAGCAGCUAUUGUCCUCAUGCUCCCCGAAGCACCACCAAAGAAAGUCCAGCAGCAUCUACGGAAAGGGCUGUGGAUGGAGGAGAUCAGCAGGGGGCGACACCCGUGGGGGUGAUGCCUACCCUGCCAUUGCAGGGGAAGCCAGACAGUAGGCAGGUUCAUUAUGCAAGUUAGGAGGGCGCAGGAGGGGUCUGUCCCCAGCCCCACCACACACUGGAUUCCCAGUGGCCAAGUGCCCCAGGCCUCUCGCAUGGGCUGUGGCCUGAGGCCCAUGGAUUGCUGUGUUUUGCUUUUAGUUCACAACCAUUUUGACACUGGAAAGUAUUGACUUUGGGAGAGAGCUGAGGGAAGCCCUACAUGCCAACCUCCCCUCCCCCCACCGACAGGCAGGCGCCAUCCCUGGUCAGCACCCACAUCAGUACAGGGGAUGGCCCCCUCUGGCAUUUUCCUGUGUUUGCACAUUGAGACAAGACUGACAACCUGGCCAGACACUCGGCCACUUCGGACCCUUUUUGUCAAUUAACUUAUUUUUUUAAUACUUGAAAGUAAGCAACUUCAUUUUUAUACCUUUACUAAAGACACUGAUUGCCUGUCACCUGCGUGUAGGAGUGACUGGGAGGUCUUUGUAUAUCCCACGCAGCCUGAUGCAAAGCUGACCUGAUUCUUGUUACAUGCAUCUAUUUAUUAGCCUUCUUAAUAGUGUUACUGACCUGGUCGGCACCAGGGAGCAGCUCAAAGCCCUGUGGGUCCUUGCUCACAGCUUUUCUGUCCCCUCCUCCACCCAGCACCCUAUCCCUGCUGGACUUCUACAAGAGAGCUGCCUCUCUAUGAGGAUGCAUUUCGGCACCAGGUGGCCAGGCCUGAAGACAGACAGGCUGCCGUGGGCUAUGCUAUUCAGAUCGUGGCACUGUGGAACCCACUUUGUCCCGUUUUGCUGCCCAGGUUUUACCUCCUGUACAUACGUUAACGGUUGAGGGUAGCCCCUCCUCACUUUUGCUGGGAACAAGUCGAGUGUGACCUUGUCCUCGGACUGGCAGAUGACAGUGCCCUGGUCCAGCUAGACUGGAGUGUGUGUGCUGGUCUCCCCUCAACACACUGGCCACUCCAGUCUCCCUGCCUGUACUAGGAUCUUCUUGGCCUGGCAAGAGCCAGCCAAUAAGCACCAUGUAACCAGCUCCAUAAGCCAAGCCCUUCAUUUCUCGUGGUUCACCCAGAGACCGGUGAUGGGGGCCAGGGUGCUUCUCCCUCAAAACAGCAGCACAUGGACCAGUGCAGUGAUGCCAGCUGGGCCUGGUGGGAGGGGCUGGUGCAGAAAAGGAGUCGCCUCUGGCAGCCUUCAAGGCUCCUAAGGGCGACACAGCCAAGGGCCCACACUCACCCUGAACUGCCUGUGGGAACCACAGUGUGCCUCAACUUCAACAUCCAUCUAACUCCAGAGGAGCAAGCCGCUAGCUCACCCUUCACCCUGUGCAGAAGCUGCCAUCCCUCCUGUGGAAAUACAGAUGUGCUGCUAGCAGCCGCCACAGCGCUGAUGCCAUCACCUCCUGGUCUCUGCCACGGCAGUACUGCUAUCUUUAUUCUCUGUCUGAAACGGGGAGAGGAGGAUGUUCUGGAUUCCAUUGUUCAACCACAAUCUGCCAAUCAGACUGGACUCUGAACAGGACCUUUAUGGCCUGUGUGGCCUUCUCCUUAACCCUGUCCGCCUCCCCAGUGCCAGCGGCAAUCCCGGGAAGGCCAGCCCUGUCAUUCCUGCUAACCCAGAAGAAGGGAACCAUUUCCAGAGUGACUCAAGAAGGACCCAGGGGCACGACGCUGCGCCUCCAGUGGCCUCACAGAGCACCAAGUGUUCCCUCCCACCUCUGCCCUGGUCAGCCACGACCUUGUUGAUCUUUCCAAAGCACAGGCUGCUUCCUGCAGUCACCAGAAGGGGGGCAGAAAUCCACCAGCCUGGGAGACAUCCCCCAGCUCUCCAGCCGUGACAGCAUGAGGACGUGGGGUUUUUGUAGAGCACUUUUUUUCUGGCUCCCAGUUUUUAACCACUAGUUUGCAGUUGAUUUCAGUGGUCCGGGGACAUGUGUUCUCCACCUCUGGAAAUGCAUGCAGGUCUAGUCAGAUGUUCUUCCCAGGGACUAUGUCUUCACAUGAAGGCAGGGAAGAGAGGGAUAUAUACACACUUCAUACAUGCAUAAGAUGCUAGAGCGCGUUUGAGUAAGCUAAGUACAGUCAGUGCAUUGAGGCACCAGGCUCUGCCCCUGAAGGGCAAGCAGAAGGUAGCCCCCUGCUCCCCAAUAAGAGCCGGGCCAGAACCCCAGGUUCUAACCCAGCUCAGUUGAUAUCUUUGGGCAUUUCCCCCCAGCAGCCAUCCUUAAGAUAAUUUUGACCAGCAACUGUAGACUUUAAAAGCUAAGACAUUUUUCACUGGGACAGGAGAGGAAACGAGUUGGAGCAGGAGCAACAAGUAUCAGGGGCUGGAAUAUAGCCCAGUGGUAGAAUGUGUGCUUAGCAUGCAUAAGGCCCACGGUUCAAUCCCCAGUACAUUUAAAAAAAAAAAAAAAAAAAAAAGCUUUUU